UGCAAAAGAACAAAAAAGGAAUUUUCCAGACCACCCCCGAUAUAGCUCUCGACUUUGUCCACAAUCCCGAUCUCUUUCCCGUCCCCCACCGCUUCACCAAUUAUCAGGACUCGACAAUUCCUUAAUUUUGAGGUUCACUUAUUAACUCGUCGUCCGGAAACCUCGAUACCCAUCAUCCCUCCAAGCCCCUUAAAACGCCACCAGAACUCCCGGGGAUCGCAGGAAUCUUCACGAACUCCAUACUUCGAGAACGAAACGAAGAACAGACACCUUUUGACUUUUGCCCGGCCCUUCCCCGCCGCACGGGAGCCCUUCGAGAUGGUCUACGUGCGCCAGGAAUUCCUCCCCAAUCUCCGGCAAUACAAGUACGCCGCAGUCGACCACUCCUUAACUUCCAAAUAUAUCCUCAAGCCCUUCUAUACCAAUGUCGUCAUCAAGAUGUUUCCCAUGAGCAUGGCCCCGAACCUCAUUACCUUGACGGGCUUCAUGUUUAUCGUGAUCAAUUUCUUGACACUGCUGUGGUAUAACCCUGCCCUGGACCAGGAUUGUCCUCCGUGGGUUUACUAUACUUGGGGUACCGGGCUGUUCUUGUAUCAGACUUUCGAUGCCGUUGACGGGUCUCAAGCGAGACGGACAAGACAGAGCGGGCCUCUGGGCGAACUAUUCGACCACGGCGUCGACGCCGUCAACACCGCUCUAGGAGCCUUGAUAUUUGCCGGCUCACAGAACAUGGGCCAAGGCUGGGCCACCGUCGCGACCCUCUUUGCCUCUCUCCUCACCUUCUAUGUUCAGACUUGGGACGAAUACCACACUAAACAGCUCACACUCGGCAUCGUCAACGGACCCGUAGAAGGCGUCCUCAUCCUCACCGCGGUCUACCUCAUGACCGGCUACAAGGGCGGUGCCUCCUUCUGGCAGCAGCCCAUGCUCCCCACACUGGGAGUACCCUCCUCUCUGGGCAUCCCAUCGCCCCUGUAUAACCUCUCCUUCACGCAGUGGUACAUGCUGCAGGGCACCGUCGUCAUGGUCUUCAACACGGUCGAGUCGGCCCGCAACGUCAUCCGCGCCCGCCGCGCCAAGGGCGACCGCUCCCGCGGCGCCCUCCUCGGGCUCGUCCCCUUCUUCGCCACCUGGUCCCUCAUCAUCGCCUACCUCUACCUCCAGCCCAACAUCCUCCGCGCCCACCUCGUCCCCUUCGCCGUCUUCGCCGGCAUGGUCAAUGCCUACUCGGUCGGCCAGAUGAUCACCGCCCAUCUCGUCAAGCUCCCCUUCCCGUACUGGAACGUCCUCGUGCUGCCGCUCAUUUUCGGCGUCGUCGAUUCUCUCGGCCCCGCUCUUGGCGCUGCCGGGUUCCCGCUCUCUUGGCCCUCUGCCCUUGGCGACGGCGUGUACCAGGUCGCUUUCAUGUUCAUGAUGCUCGGCGUUGCCAUUGGCGUCUAUGGCAGCUUCGUCGUCGAUGUCAUUGUCACUAUCUGCGAUUACCUCGAUAUUUGGUGCUUGACCAUCAAGCACCCUUACGUGGAACCCGUGGCUGACGGAAAGGUGGACGGCGCGGCCCAUGCGGGCGGGAAGAAGGUGCAAUGAUGCGGGAAAGGGGUUGAGUGUGCGUCUUGCCGUAGAGUCUUUUGGGAUGAUUGCACUUGCGUCUGACAAUAGAUGAAGGAUGUGAAGUGGUGGGUCUGAGCCUGACGGAAUGAAGGGGAUAAUAUCAAUAAUGGGUCUUUGGGGUAAACAUCCGGGAUACAGAACUGCCUUCUUGGCAUCGGGGAGGAGACAAGAAGGGAUGUCUUCGCGGCGUCUACGGCGUACAGGCGCAUCGACACGAACACAUGGAGACGAGAAGGCACGGGGGGACGCGUUUCCUUUCGGCGGUAACUCAUAAUACAGCAUUAUAUAUAUAUAUAUUGCCUACAGGGCCUAAUGCUAUGGAACGAUCGUCUGGGCAGCGAAUUCCAAUGUACUUAUAUGAGCCGAUGAAGAGUAGAUAGAUAACUUAUAGCAACUCGGGUGUGAUAAAGAU